AUCAGUCACAAGACAUAUAUCAUAAAGACAACUGUUUGUUGGGGGGUUUUAUAGUGAACAAUGAAGUUUUUUGAGUCUGACCAUUACUUUGAUUACCCAUGGGAUCAAGUCACUGCUGCAAAUUGGCAGAAAUAUCCUAAUGAAAUGUCUACCCAUGUGAUCUCAGUUGAUAUUCUUCUGAGAGAAUUAAAUCCCGCCACAAAUGUUCUUCGAUCAGAAAGAUUAAUUGGAUGUAAGCAAUCCAUUCCAAAAUGGCUUUCAUUUUUGGUUGGUGGGGCUACUGUUAGUUAUGUUCGUGAAGUUAGCGAAGUUGAUUUGAAUAAUAAGACAUUGGUUAUGAAAUCUUCAAACUUGACCAUGAAUAAUUUGUUAUUAGUUAAUGAAACUGUGGUUUAUAGACCAGAUCCAGAAUUACCCCAGUCAAGAACCUUAUUUGAACAAAGUGCAGAAAUCACCGCCUUUGCUUCCAUUGGAAGAAUCUGUGAUAAGAUUGAAGAUUGGAGUGUUGAAAGAUUUGGCCAGAAUGCCAAAGUUGGUAAGAUGGCAUUUGAGGGUGUUUUAAAGACUUUGAAUGAAAAAUGGGAACAAUCUGGAGUUUUCGAGAAUACUAAUAAUGUAUUGACUGAAGUUUCCAAGUUGCCAUUCUUACAAGGUUCAAAGCUUUAGGAGUACUUUUUUAAUUUAAUUUAGAGAAAUUUUGGCAUGGUUUGGAACUUUUUACUACGUUCAUUCUAUUUAUUUUUUAUUUGCAUUGGGUGGGAAUGGUUUACUUCUAUUAGAUUUAUUGAGUGUGUUUUGUUUUUGUUUUGCUUGUUUCUUUGUUUUUGUUUUACUACGGUUGUUCCUUUUUGCAGCCUCAUUUGCAUGUUCAGUUCCCCCUAGACAAAAAGUACCUUACUGUACAUAGUGUGUAUAUAUCGUCAAUUAUUUAUUUAUUUGGAUACAGUAUUCGUUAAUGCAGUUCUUGUUGUUAUGCGU